ACAGGAAAGGAGGUCUUCGCUUCUCGGCUUCAGACGUUUUACCUUCUCCAUGCACCUUGGAAGAAGGUUAAGCUGCGCCAGACAUACCUACUAUUCUGCAAAACACUGCCUGUGCCUCCACUGAACCUUUCCCCAGUCCCCCAGUGAGCUGUUGACCCCGAGGAAAGAGAAUAAUGUGGAAAGCAGCAGUGUUUGUGUUCCUGCUGUUAAACAUGGAUUUGCAGGUGAGUGGGGCUGUAGAUAAGACGAGGCGGUCCGUGGAAGAAAACUCCAGGCCAGAGAAGAAGGUGGAGACUGAGGAGGCUGAAGCCACCAGCACCAUUCAUGCACGUGACACUGGUUCUUCAGGUUUCUUGGGCAACUUGCUGGUGGUACCCAUGGAUGGGAGUCACUGGGUGGGUAUGAAGGCCAUUAUCCAAGAAAUGGGUCGGCGUGGGCACCGGGUCACUGUGGUGAUACCAGAGGUCAGCAUACGGAUGGGUCCCGGGAAACACUACGACACUGUCACCUAUCCUGUUCCUUAUGACAGGGAGUAUAUUGAUUCAAUCAUGGCCACACACAAGGACAUAUUGCACAAAUCUUCACAGUCGUUCACGGACAAAAUAAGGAAACGAUUUUCACAGAUCCAGAGAUUUAUAGGUUUUAUCUACACCACUGCAGAGCACCUACUGUUCAAUGCCAGUCUCAUUUCACAUCUGGCACAGCAGAAAUUUGAUGCUGUCUUAACAGAUCCUGUGGUGCCCACAGGCUCGUUAAUAGCUCGGAAAUUAGGAAUCCCCACUAUUAAUUUGCUGAGAGGAAUUCCUUGUUUCUUGGAUAUGCACUCUACAGGCUGCCCCUCCCCACCAUCAUAUGUGCCUCGUUUCUUCACUGGAUACACAGACAGAAUGAGCUUCAAGGAGAGAACUUUCAACACCUUGGUGGCUUUACUGGAACCGCUGCUAUGCCGACUGCUGUUUUGGCACUUUGACAACAUAGCCCAUGAGUUCCUGGGAGAGGAGGUGGGCGUGGCUGAAGUGCUAUCAGACUCUGCUAUCUGGCUGCAGAGGAUUGACUUUGCGCUGGAGUUGCCACGCCCUCUCAUGCCAAAUAUAGUUCUAGUUGGUGGAAUCAACUGCAAUGUGAGAGACCCUCUGCCUGAAGAUUUGGAGUCCUGGGUGUCAGGAGCGCAUGGCUUUAUAGUGUUCACUCUGGGCACAAUGGUGUCAGACCUGCCAAAAGAGAUAACCGCCGUCUUCCUAGAAGCCUUCAGACAGAUUCCACAGAAGGUAAUAUGGAGGUACACUGGGCAGGUUUCAGAAAGUGUCCCAGAGAAUGUGAAGAUGAUGAAAUGGGUGCCUCAGAAUGACCUGCUAGCACAUCCUGGAGCUCGAGCUUUCAUCACUCACGCUGGCUCACAUGGUCUCUUCGAGGGACUGUGUCACGCUGUUCCCAUGGUGAUGGUGCCAAUUGUGGGGGACCAGCCUGACAAUGCAGAGAAGUUGGCGAGCAGAGGAGCGGGAGUGGUGUUGGAUAUUGUGUCGAUCACUACAGGAAGUCUUCUUCAGGCCUUGAAUGAGGUCAUCAAUGAUUCCAGGUAUAAAGACAGUGUGCAGAAGCUGUCAGCUCUCCAUAAAGACAGACCAGUUGACCCACUUGACCUUUCAGUGUACUGGACAGAAUUUGUAAUGCGGCACAAAGGGGCGAAACAUCUCAGACCUGCUGUCCUUGAACUCAACUGGCUCCAGUACUACUGCCUGGAUGUAAUAGCGCUACUGGCUAUUGUAGUGCUGUUUUUUGUAAUGGUGACAGUAAAAUGCUUGAAACUAUGCUUCUGGAUACUGAGCAGGAAGAGGAAGCAGGACUAACGUGGUGUUACCUUUGCACCUUCAUCUAAGCAACAACACUGUUUGUUCAGGGAGAUUGAAAAGUCAAUACCAUUCAAAUAUUAGUGCAAAGUAAACCUGGUGAUGGUUUAAAGGUGUGACAUGGUGUAAGAUGAAUAAGGGAAUCUAUGAGGUGAUCAAAAAGAUAUUUAAUAAACAGAAAAUACAGAUUAUUAGACUCCAUUAUGGACUAGGCUUUGAGGGACAAUGACGAGCAUUAGUGGCCACCCUUCUUUGGUGGGAAGAGGGCGUACUCGACAGCCAGAGCAACAGUAAAAGCAGCAAAGCCCCACUUGAAUCCUCUCAGCAGCACAUCAGACAGAGUCACAGCACGGGCGAAGCCGCCUGAGUAUCUCCAAGCCUCGUUACUGCAGAGAGAGCGUGAGAGGAGAGAAAGAUAGGGAGCAGGAUCAGGAAUAAUAAUUACUAAAAUAUCAGCUAUAUAUGUUAUGUUGGUAUAUAUACCGACCGUGCCCAUGGAUCCUUGAGUCCCCUGGCUGCCAGCCUCUGCUGUGUGAACUCCAGUGGUGUUCCCUCUGCUUUCCACUGCCGCCAGUCUGGCAUGGACAUCUUGUUGUGGCCAUGGUCACCUCCCAUGCUGGAAACAGAUACAGAUAUAUGCAAGGUGGCAGCUAAUAUUAAAUACCCCCUAAGCUUACCGGUAGACACCUCAUUUUGUACCUACCUGUACUCUACUACAAACCUUAUUACUAAGCACUAAUGUUAUAUCAUAUAGAGAUUUAAGGCAUUUUAAACUGGUCUAAUCACAACAUCUUGGGAAAAAUAUCUAUAUUUUAACAUCACAUUAUGUACUGUUUUAUAUUUUACUUGUUUUGAUUAAACUAUGCUUCCAAGCAACACCUGG